CAGUCUCUGGUCAUCCCUGUGCUGUCCGCAGUCUCUGGUCAUCUCCUGUACUGUCCGCAGUCUCUGGUCAUCCCUGUACUGUGUCCGCAGUCUCUGGUCAUCUCCUGUACUGUCCGCAGUCUCUGGUCAUCUCCUGUACUGUGUCCGCAGUCUCUGGUCAUCUCCUGUACUGUGUCCGCAGUCUCCGGUCAUCUCCUGUACUGUGUCCGCAGUCUCUGGUCAUCUCCUGUACUGUGUCCGCAGUCUCUGGUAGUUCAGAAUUUUUUUUUCCUGUUUUCUGCUAAAACCUAGGUGCGUCUUAUGGUCAGGUGGUCUUAUGGAGCGAAAAAUACGGUAAUUG